AUGGACACUCUCAACGCGACGGCCGACAUUCCGUCGACGUCGAACUCGAGCGAGAUGGAAGAGGAUUACUGUCGGUACGAGGUCCUCCAGCCGCACAUGCUCGUCAUGCGAUUCUGGAUGGUUUCCGUCUUCGGAUCGACAAUCUCGUUCAUUUCGAUGAUUGAGAACAUCUUCCUGUUCCUUCUGUUCGUCACAAGGUUCGUUCUGUUUACAGUAUCCCCCUACCGUAAUCCUUUCAGUCGCCGUCAUCGCCGCGAGAACCUGUUCAUGAUGCUGCUCGCCUUCUUCGACAUUUUCGUUUCGAUGGCCUACAUUAUGCUCAUGUCCGUCAACGUCCUCUCCGAUGUUUUGAUGUCGCCUCUUCUCGUUAGUGUCUGGUCAGUUCCAGUUCUUUUCUAUAAUCCGUACUUUUUCCCUUCUCAGGUACACCUACAUGAUCCCCAUCAUCACCAUUUCCCACAUUGCGAUGACUUCCUCGUCCUUUCUGAUCGUGGCUGCUUCUUUCGAACGAUACUGUGUCACAUUGAACACGUCCAGCUUGAGAUUCGCACAAAAGUGAGUCUCUUUUAUAGAAUUACUUCUAGGGAGUGAUUUCAGAAAUCGAAAGUUGAUAGCCUUGUGUGCAAUAUUCUUGGGAAUAGUGAGCAAAGGGACCAUCUCCAUAGAGUUCGAGGUACCCAUCAAUCUACCUGUCCGAUUGCCACGUCACCCCAAUUUCAGCUUGUGCAUCACGAAGAAUGCGUCGACCAGAUGACGGCCACGACGAUGAAGUUCCGACCGUUCGUCUUCGAGACCCAGUACCAUUAUCUGUUCCGUUUCUGGUACCGCAACUUUGUCACUGUCUUCGCGCCGUUCUUCAUCCUUCUCUACCUGAACAUCCGCAUCGUGAAGGCCCUGACGACGUACACGACGGCGACUGUCUGUCUGGUGACCAAUGGAAACAGUGCGGAUUUGCAGAAGCGGAAGGUGAGAAAAAAACAAAAAAGGAUCGGGGGAUGAUGAGGGUUGCAGGCGAGUGCAAGGGCGGCCACCAGGACUCUCGUCAUGGUCGGAUGCUGCUACAUCAUCUCGAACAUCAUCAACGUCAUCCUCACUUCUCUCGAGCAGGCCAACAAUGAGAUGGCCGUCGACUAUCCAGAGUGAGUCCGUUACUCUUCCGUUCCCAGUGCUCACCCUCCUUUUUCAGUCUGUACAUCGUCGCCAUCGACCUAGUCUCGCUGCUGACCACGAUGGCUUGUGCCGCCCGUCUGCCCAUCUACCUCUACUGUCAACCGGUCCUCCGUCGCGAGAUAUUCUUGCGCUUCAAGCGUCUCUGCAUUCCAUGCGUAAGUCCCCACUUCUCCUCUCUUUCUUCCCACACCCUUUUUGCAGUCAUCUGAUGUUUCCAGAGUUCAUCGUCCCCUGAAAAACUCGGCGAGCGACUGAAGUCUGUCGAGACGGACACCAGUUUUCUUGUGAGUUUCGAAGUACCUGAAACGACUCUAACUGCUAUCAAUUUAAGAGUAAAGCGGACGGAAACAACUCGGAUAUUGUUCCGAUCGCCACCAUUUCCGAGAUGGAAAACGAGAAAAUACUGGCGAAGAACGGCGCGAACUCGGCCUACGAGACUCUUUUGUAA